GAAGAAAAGAGGGAGCGAAACAUGAGAGGCUGCGUGAGAAGCUGCAGCCGCCGGCAGAGGAGACCUCAGCAUCAUCCGGAGCCCAGCGCUGGCCCUGCCCGCGCCUGCCCCGCCGCCGCCGCCGCCGCCGUUUCUCUUCCUGCUACUGUCUCACCUAAACAACUCCCGUUACACGGAAAAGUGAACCUCUGUGGCCGUCUUCUCCUCCUCUUCUUCCUCCUCCUUUUCCAUCCCCUUCUCCUCCUCCCACUUGCCAGCCGCGGCAGGAAACCCCUAACCCAGCUGACACUGGCACAGCUGCAAACGGUGCCAUCCGCACAACUUUAUCUUGCUCCUCGGACUCCCCCAAGGCACCGGACACAUCGCCUUGUCCUUUAUUUUUUGCAAAGUCGCAUCGCUCUACUUAUUUUCGCCCCCGCCACCGCUCUCUGCCUCUCGAGUGUCCCCCGCAGCCUCCUCCUGGAGCUGCGCCCUAGUGCCCCUGCUGGGCAGUGGCGCUCCCCCCCAGCCUCGCGCGCCCAGCCCCUGCCGCUCCGGGCAGACGAUGCUGAAGAUGCUCUCCUUUAAGCUGCUGCUGUUGGCCGUGGCUCUGGGCUUCUUCGAAGGAGAUGCUAAGUUUGGGGAAAGAAGCGAAGGGAGCGGAGCGAGGAGGCGAAGGUGCCUAAAUGGGAACCCCCCGAAGCGCCUGAAACGGAGAGACAGGCGGCUGAUGUCUCAGCUGGAGCUGCUGAGUGGGGGAGAGGUGCUGUGCGGCGGCUUCUACCCGCGGCUGUCCUGCUGCCUGCGGAGUGACAGCCCGGGGCUAGGGCGCCUGGACACCAAGAUAUUUUCUAUGACCAACAACACAGAAUGUGGGAAGUUACUGGAGGAAAUCAAAUGUGCACUUUGCUCUCCAUAUUCCCAGAGCCUGUUUCACUCACCUGAAAGAGAAGCCUUGGAAAGAGACCUUGUACUUCCCCUGCUCUGCAAAGACUAUUGCAAAGAAUUCUUUUAUACUUGCCGAAGCCAUAUUCCAGGUUUCAUUCAAACUACUGCUGAAGAGUUUUGCUUUUACUACGCAAGAAAAGAUGGUGGGUUGUGCUUUCCAGAUUUUCCAAGAAAACAAAUCAGAGGACCAGCAUCUAACUACUUGGACCAGAUGGAAGAAUAUGACAAAGUGGAAGAGAUCAGCAGAAAGCACAAACACAACUGCUUCUGUAUUCAGGAGGUUGUGAGUGGGCUGCGCCAGCCUGUCGGCGCCCUGCAUAGUGGGGAUGGCUCUCACCGUCUCUUCAUUCUGGAAAAAGAAGGAUACGUGAAGAUCCUUACCCCCGAAGGAGAAAUUUUCAAGGAGCCUUAUUUGGACAUUCACAAACUUGUUCAAAGUGGAAUAAAGGGAGGAGAUGAAAGAGGUCUGCUAAGCCUUGCAUUCCAUCCCAAUUACAAGAAAAAUGGAAAGCUGUAUGUGUCUUAUACCACCAACCAAGAACGGUGGGCUAUCGGGCCUCAUGACCACAUUCUUCGAGUUGUGGAAUACACAGUAUCCAGAAAAAAUCCCCAUCAAGUUGAUUUGAGAACAGCCAGAGUAUUUCUUGAAGUCGCAGAACUCCACCGGAAGCAUCUAGGAGGGCAACUGCUCUUUGGCCCGGAGGGCUUUUUAUACGUCAUUCUUGGUGACGGAAUGAUCACGCUGGAUGAUAUGGAAGAAAUGGAUGGGUUAAGUGAUUUCACAGGUUCAGUGCUCCGACUGGACGUGGACACGGAUAUGUGCAAUGUGCCUUACUCCAUACCGAGGAGCAAUCCGCAUUUCAACAGCACCAACCAGCCCCCAGAAGUGUUUGCACACGGCCUGCAUGAUCCAGGCAGAUGUGCUGUGGAUCGACACCCCACUGAUAUAAACAUCAAUUUAACAAUACUUUGUUCAGACUCCAAUGGAAAGAACAGAUCAUCUGCCAGAAUCCUACAGAUAAUAAAAGGGAAAGAUUAUGAAAGUGAGCCAUCACUUUUAGAAUUCAAGCCAUUCAGUAAUGGUCCUUUGGUUGGUGGAUUUGUUUACCGAGGCUGCCAGUCUGAAAGACUGUAUGGAAGCUAUGUGUUUGGAGAUCGUAAUGGGAAUUUCUUAACCCUCCAGCAAAGUCCUGUGAGCAAGCAAUGGCAAGAAAAACCACUCUGUCUCGGCAACAGUGGUUCCUGUAGAGGUUACUUUUCAGGUCACAUAUUGGGAUUUGGAGAAGAUGAAUUAGGUGAAGUUUACAUUCUGUCGAGUAGUAAAAGUAUGACCCAGACUCACAAUGGAAAACUCUACAAAAUUGUAGAUCCCAAAAGACCUCUAAUGCCUGAGGAAUGCAGAGCCACGGUACAACCUGCACAGGUGUUGACUUCGGAGUGUUCCCGACUCUGUCGGAAUGGCUACUGUACCCCCACGGGCAAGUGCUGCUGCACCCCAGGAUGGGAAGGGGACUUCUGCAGAAUUGCAAAAUGUGAGCCAGUAUGUCGUCAUGGAGGUGUCUGUGUUAGACCGAACAAGUGCCUCUGUAAAAAAGGAUAUCUUGGUCCUCAGUGUGAACAAGUGGACAGAAACAUCCGCCGAGUGACCAGGGCAGGUAUUCUUGAUCAGAUCAUUGACAUGACAUCUUAUUUGCUGGAUCUAACAAGUUACAUUGUAUAGUUUCUGUUUGGGACUGUUUGAAUAUUCCUUUCCAAUGGGCAUUUAUUUUCUAUCUUGUCAUUAAAAAGAAAGACUGUUAUCCUGCUACACACUUCCUGUGAUUUCAUUUUCUUUUCUUAAUUUAAAAAUAAUUUCCAGAAAUGUGCAGAUCCUGUGUGUGUAUGUUGGCACGUUUGUUCACAUAUGCACGUACACACGCACACUCACAACCCCUAUACACGUGGUUGCAUAACAGAUGGGUUUUAAAAAUACAUAUUUCCUUGUGUGGAGUAAUUUACACAGAAAUUCCAUUGUAAAUUGAUAACGGAAUUUUUAUGUCACCAAAAGAGAUUAUUUGACUUCCCAGAAAUUUUCUGUCUGUAAUAACUAAAGUCAACUUUAAUGGAGUUUUGAAACAUUGCUGUGCAAUCUGAUGGACCUAAUAAAAAAGGCAAUAUUUUUAUAUUAAAGGAUUGUAAUGUGAGAAAAUGUUUCAGAACUCCCUGAUGAAUUUCUAAAUGGGCGAUUUGAUAUAAAACUGUAAUCUUCAUUUGUAUCGAUGUAUCCAAUUACAGAAUGUUACCCACAUACCUUUUUAUUGGUGGAAAAAUCUGGUUACUCUAGUUUAAUCUCAAGAUUGUUUUCAAGUGUUUUAUAAUUAAAUCAUAACAGCAUAUUCUAAAAUCAAUCUUCCUAAAAGGUCUGCUUUUAUUAUAUAUUGUAUCUAACAAUAGGCACUGGGUUUAUGUUACCUAUUUAUAUUUUUUAUUUUAUUUUUAUAAUAUAGACAUCACCUAGAUGAAACACCUUUGCCCUGUCCUGUAAAAUACUAAAGUUACAUUUUUCACCAACUUAAUUGGAAAGAAGGGGAGUGAGAAAGCAAACAGUCUUUAAUGUGCUGUGGAUCUAAUCUAGCAAUGUAUCCUUGUGCCAACAUGUAAUCAUUAACGACGGAUGAAAAAGCAAGAAAACAGCCAAUCCUUAUAAAUUCCAGCAUUAAACAUAUGUAAAAUGCUUUUCACCAUAGCAAGACUGUCAGUGUAUAUGUGAAUAGAACGUUGCAGAUUUCACACUGAACGAAACCUCACUGGAGAAGAGCUCACUCAUUUUUAACAAACCUUGGCUAUGUAAGCUGUCACUUGUACAAAUGUUUUAAAUAAUAAUUCUUGCCAAAUAUGAGUUUUAAUGUAUAUGUUCCUUUAGAACUCAAUGAAAAUCCUCUUUGGUUAAUGUAUGAAAAAUUUCUGUAAGUGUUCUGUUCAGGUUUUUAUAGAAACGCCAUAUUCUGAUUUAAAACAGCAAAAAAAGUCUGAUAGACAUUUUUCUUAAUGGUUUUUGAGGCCAGUUCUCCACAUUUGGAUUAGAACAAUAUUAUAAGGCCUCUUUGCACUACUGAGAAAACAUCUAUUCUGACGUGCACACACCCGCUAUAGGUUGUCCUUCUGUAAACAUCUGUUUUUCCAGAAUCUGAAUUAUAGACUAGUAUAGAUUAUGCAGCACAGGCUGACUUCUCAAACCUGCUCCAUACCUAGAGGAAUAUGAACCUCAAUUAAAAAAGAAUAAAAUCGUGUAACCUGUAUUUCUCUAUUGUUUUAAAGCGAGAGAUUUGCAAUUAAAGCACAGUGAGCAUUUAUGUAGAAAGGUUGUUUAAGUACACUGCUCUUGUCUUCCAUAUAUGAUUACUUAAGUUUCAAGUGACCUCAUGCCAAAUGGAAAUGGGUUGAGAAACCUUGCUUCAGUGCUUAGUGAACAAUAGCCUGCAUUAAAAAGUGCAUGCAUAAUUUUGCACAAUUUAGAUUCAAUUGACAGUCUAUUCAAAGAAGUCUCAGGAUUAAAUGAGCAUGGAGACCAAAUUGCCCUCUUACCCCAGAAAAGGGGUGGUCCCUUCUAGUCACACUAACACUUCAUUGGCCCAAGAGUGUGACAAAUCUUGCCAUGAACCUGCAGUAGCCUGCAUCUGGAGGUUAAUAGCAGUCUUUUGUCUCCAUUGCUUUCUCUUCAUAGCCCUUUUACUGAAUUCCAUCACAGAAAGUUUUACAAUUAAAAAUAAAAUGUCCUGACAACCAUUUUUGUAAAUGGACCUUACCAUCUAAUCGUCCCUUAUUCAACGUGGGUGACAUUAACAAAAUGUGAACUUCUGGAGAGGGAGCCAGCUGUCUAAAUCUGUCAAAUUGUGCAGUUUUAUUACACAUUCUCCUGUUCAUAGUUUCACUGAAAACAAUAAGGACCCUGCUGUAUAUUCAGCAAAAUCUGAAAAAUCCAAGGUUUCUUCUUACACACUUAAUCUUUCCAUCUCUUCCAAAAGAAAAGGUGUUAUAGUGCCAUUCAUCCUCCUAUUUAAAAAUAUCUCUGUUCAGUUGACCAGGCCCAGACUUUUUACACAGACCAUUCCCAGAUGAAAGAGUUUCAAAUGUCUUAGAAAAACAUAUGUACCCCAGGUGUCACAGCCUUUUUUAUCAUGAGUCAUUAGAAUAAAAGACCAAAAUCUUCUAAAAGAGAAGAUAGCAAGAUCCAUGGGUAUUAAAUCUGAGCAAAGACAGUCAAGUCGUUGGAGUCAUUUCUUUCUGUUCUUGGGAGAGACAUAAAGAGCAGUGGCUAAUUGAUGGCUACAAACUUUAAACCCUCUGAUCAUUAAAAAAAAAAAAAAAAUCUUUUAACCUUUUUUUUUUUUUUCAAUGAGAUUUUUAACCUGUGUGACUGGAGAAUUAUCUUAAAUGCUCCAUGGUAGACACGUUGGAAUUGGUUUCAAGUAUGAGCUAGGGAAAAGUUGAUUGUUUUAUCAUGUGAAUGGCAACAUCUACUUGGUUCUUAAAGUAGAAUGGAGAAAAAUGUUCUUGUCAUGAAUGUGGAUUUGCAAGAUAAAGAUAAAAUAAAGAAAUAGAAAAAUAUAUAUUAUUACCCCUUUGUCCAUACUGGAGCUUAACUUUGGGUGUCGAUUUAAUGUGAAAUGCUGUUAUGGUAGUUAUAAAGAGCUGGAAAAAAAAGCUUUCUACCACUGCUUUUGCCAAACUCUUGUCCUGGUUAAUAGAACCUUUUUUCUUGCCAGUUUUUAAGGUAGUGAGAAGAAAACUGAAUCACUAAACUACAGAGAAAGGAAGGAUUUAAAAAAAAAAAAAAACUUGUGUGAUGAUAAAAAGUUCCAUCCAUACCUUUUCUUCUUGGAAUUUUGUUUCAGUGUGGCUAUUAUAAAAUAUUUUAUCACAAAGAAGACUCAGAAGUUUUCUCAGAUAUAAUGGACUAUAUUAUAAAGAAAGAGCAGAGAACCCUACACUUAUAACAUAUACACACAAUCUAAAUAGAAAACCAUUCUCUUUUCCAUUUAUAUACUUCAAAGGGGGCACCUCUUCUCUUUUGAUUUCUUUGAAAAUGAUCACAUACCAAUGAAUUAACAACUUUAAUAUAUUUCUUUUGAUAUUGCUUUUAUUUCUGAAUCAUAAACUGUAACAGGCCUACCAGGUGUAAGACAUGAGGUUAGAUGCUGCAUCUAGGGUCUUUUAAAGUACACAUUAACUUUAAUUAUUAAUCUAACAUUAUUAACUCUGAAACAGAAAAGAGAAACCAAACCCAAAAUUUUUAAGUGGAAAAAUAAGGUAUACAAUAGGCAGAUGUAGUUGGCUGAUCAAUAAGUUAAAGUUUCUGACAUCUCUAUAGAAUGUUACCUACAGUAUUUAUCUCUAGCCCCCACCUCUGUCUCUAGCUCUUUCUUUUCACACCCAUCUCCUAUGUAUCCUUCUUUCUUUCAGCCUCUUCCUUCUCUACCAUAUUUCAUAAACAGAUAUGUUCUCAGUACACCCAUAAUGAAAAUGUUGUGGGGUAGUUUGCUAUUGCUUUUGCUCAUUAUGACCUUUUCUUUUAUUUUCCUAAGAAAUGCCCUCUUCCAGGGUCACAUUUGCUCAGACUCUCUAUCAUGAAGAACAGUAGACAAAUAUGAAAAUAUUAGAUUGAAUAUUACAGUUAUUGAAAGAAAAAACCAAAAGCAUAAAUGACUACCAGCCUGGAUGCUCCAGGUUGACUUGUAUUCCAUCAUUCAUAUAGGAAAACAGAAUAUUCCAGUCAAGAGUUUGAGCUAACAAUAGGAAAAGUUAGUAGCUAUUUCCUCUUCAGGAAUAGGAAAUAUUCCUAUUUAUUAGGAAUAGUUCUUAUAAUACCUGAAUAGUUAUUCAGAUCUCUAUGUAAUCUACUUUGAAAAGGAUUAUUCCAAAUCUCUUCUUUCCCCACCUCUGGGAUGAGGCUUGAACUUGCAGAGAAAUUAGACCAAAGUUCUAUGCCCAGAAAAUGUACAUAUUUCUGUAUUACUGGUAGGAAGUUAGUUAGCUCAUUGUUGUGAAUGCCGGCAGUACUUUCAGAAAGUUCUUCUUUAGAAUAUCUAAAGAAAUACAUUUACUACCUUACAUUCUUUCAUCACACUAACCCAAAUUAGUCAUGCCUCCAAUAAUUAACAAUGUCAGAGAAGGUGGAAACCUUAGAAGCAUUUCGAUAUUAAAACUACUAAAAACAUGACCAUAAGACCUGUCAAACACUAAUCCUAGCCAAUUUCAACACUUCUUUAUCUUAAAUGUCUUCUGCUAAGUUUUGGAAAUUGCUUUAAAAUAGCUGCUUAGGAGAGUAAGUUCUAUUCAAGAGAGCUUGAGGGCUGUAGUGCCAUAAUCUUCUCAAUCAGAGUGGUAGUUUCCCUGGCUGCUAUGAAAAGAUGUAUUCCUUUAUCAGAUUAGCACUUUUCUAAAAAUCUCCAAUUAAAUAUGAACCCAAGAGACACCUGUCAUUUACCUUGCUUUCUUUUAUAAAGAUCAUAUGUAAGUGGAUUGAAAAAAUAAAAAAUAAGUAAUAGAUUCCUUGUAUCAACAUAAAGUCUUAGGCCUAAAACUUGUUAUUGCCUUUUUUAUAGCCAGACUGUACAUACUGACUUACAAAAAAAAAAAAAAAAAGUUUCAGUUCAGCAUGAAUUCUAAAGUCACAUCUUAUUGCAUAUCACAAAAUCAGACAUCAAGUUUCAGUAGGGAUAUUUUUUUCAUGUGUUGAUCAUAUAUUACUUAAAAUCAAAAUACAUGUAUACAUAUACAUGCAAAUUAACAAAUGUUUGGUGAGUUAUCUCAAUGACUAUAAUAUUUUAAGUUAAAAAAACACAUUUUAACACAUAGGAUAGAAAAAGCAGAACAUUAACAGUAAUGGGAAAUUCAUAAUGGAUAAAUUUAAAAUAAGCUUUGUCUUCACAGUUAGAAGUUAAUUCCUAUAUAUUUCCUUUUGCACUAAACAACAACCAGCCAACAGUUUCCAUUCAUUUGAACAAUGUGUUGUCAGGUUUGGUGUAGCCUAUGCCCCAAAUGUAUGUUGGAUAUUUCUUUACCUCAUUCUUAAAAUCUCAGACAUGCCUUUCCUAGAGUAGAUUAAGAUUUCAUGUAUAGUAAGUAGAACCUAAUAGUAUUAAUACAUUAAUGCAUUCUAUUCAUAAUACUGAGAAGUUGAAUUGACAACCUUAUGGGAAGUCAGGUGUUUCCCAUAUCUCAUAUUCAUAAGACAUUUAUGGACAUGAAUUUCACCAAGAACCAUGUAGUAGCAAGGUAAAUGAUACAAAAGUACUAUGGAAUUUGGGAGGCUUGAUUCCCUAGAACAUGUUAAAGAAGACUAUUAAUUUGAAAGAAAGGAAUCUAAUUCAAAGAAAAAAUUAUCAAAUCAUUAUCAUCAGUAAGCAUAGAAGAAAUCUGAAAAGAAACUCUUGUGUCUUUCCUGGCUUUAUCUGUGACUAACUUCGUCCAGUUUUAAAGAAUUGUUCACUUUAUCAUUCUUCCAACAUAGUUUAGUGUUCUUAGCUGUUCAUUUUCCUCUGGGUUGUGGAUAAAUAGGACAAUUUGUCCAUAACCUUAUUUACAAAAGAUACCAUAACAAAUCCUUGCUUGAACUUCUGUUAAGAGGUGGAAAGCUAUGGGAACAAGUAGUAAAAGCAGGUAUGUGUUUGAGGGAGCCGAGUUAAUACAGGUACUAGUUGGGACUUCUAUAAAUGUUCUUAGGAAGAGUAACAUGCAAAGCCAUUGGCUCAGAUAAUCCCUCUAAAUUUGACUUAAUCUGAUGUAUUUAACCCAGUUAUUAUAAUAUGCAGUUCUCUUUGAUCAAUCCUCUAUUAUUCAGCUAUCAUUCCACUUAUUAAUCCAACAAAUAUUUAUUGAAGUGCCUAGGAUGAUUAUGUGCUAUAGAAAAGGCAAGGACGUUUACUGUGGGGGAUUGUGAGCCCAGUGGGUAUGAUGAACAUGUUUGAAGCAAAAGACAAUAAUCACACCCAACCAGCUCCAAUUCAGCUCAACUGUAGAAUCCAGCAAUAAUAGUACAGAUGGCCUAAAGUACAUCUGUGUGUAUCUGUACGUGUGCACACACCCAUGUAUAUAUAUUUAUCUAUCUGUACAAACACUACAUAUGUAUACACACUAUCUAUGUAAUAUAUAAUAUAUGUAUAAUGCAUAUAAAUUCUAACAAGUGUAUUUGUGUUAUCUUUAAAAUAGAACGAUUGUAUCUUGAAGUGGUAAAUGCAGAGAAUUGGUUUUUAUUGUUGAUCUGUGGAUUUAAUGAUUUUUAGGUGAAAAGGAUGUUUAAGUGUACAAUUUCUUUUCUUAAUUUAAUAUAUUUAUGUAAAUGCAUGCCUGAAAUUUGGUUAGAUUGGCUGUGUUUUGUGUCCUUUAACAUGAUCAAAUGUAUUAAACUUUAUCUUAUGACCUGAUGUA